CGAGUUGGCAGCUCCUUUGUAAGAAAUAAAAAUUUUGUUUGUUGCUCGUCAAAAAGCACAAAAAUAUCAUUCCAUAUUUAUUAAUUCGAGAUUUGCUUUGGUUUUAUUGAGUCAAAAUGUCGCGUCGCUCAAAUUUCAUUGAGGGCAACGACAAUUUUCGCGAUCAGAACUUGCGUUUUGUGCGGAACGAGUUUGAGGACAACAUUAACCAGUUCUUCGAAGGUGCUAAUCCAGGCGGAAGUGGCCAGCAAAAGGCUCCACCGCGGGACUCGAUAAUUGUACAGCCGACCCCAGGAAUCUGUGUGAAGAGUUUUAAGUUGAAUAGCGACGAGAAAUUCUUCAUUAAUGUGUGCCAAGCUACGGAAGUUCCAGCACCUCAAGAUGUCACCGAGGAGGAACUGAUUGCCAUAUUAGAAUCCACUACACCAGGAUCAUAUCGAGUACCCAUGAGCAUCUCAGAGCCAAGACAUACCAAGGAUCGUUCCGAUAAAACAGUCGAUGUGUGCGAUAUUGCCAUCAAUCCAAAAUUUCUGGUUAAGACACAGAAAUCCCAGCUUUUCAACAAUUUCUUUAUGCAAAUUGUGGCUGAAGCUCUCAGCGAAAAGUACAAUGUGCAGCUCAACAUGGAUAAGACUAUUAUCCUUAAUAAUCGCAAGUUCAUUGGCACCUUGGUGUCUCAUCGCGUGCGCAAUGAUGAUGUUCAAAGGGCUCAGCCCGCACCUGGAGAUCCGGUUGCUGUUAGAAACCAGAAUACGGCAGUGAAACCAGAUAAUUCUGGAAAAUUGGUGCAGGAGAUCAACGAAAAGGAUGCUGCAGCCAUAAGGAAUAGCCGCCAAUUAGGAGAGAGAAUGUCGGAGUUGCAGUACAAGCUUCGCGCCCGAGUUCGGGACGAUAAAGUUGAUGAAAUCCACGCUGAGAUUUACCUUCCAAACUGCGUUUCUUCGCAUGAGGUUAAUCUUGAUGUUGGCGAGGAUCGUAUCCUAGUGGAAUCCCUCAGACAUGGCUAUGUGUUUGACAAAUUUGUCAACUACCGUCUGCAGCAAGAUCGCGCCCAGGCUCUAUUCGAUAAAACUAGCAAGAUGCUACAAAUCCGUAUUCCUGUGUUUAGUAACUAAAAACAUAAUUAUCGCGCAAUAAUAAUGUUUGCCUUAUGUAAUGAAUCAUUACCCUUGUGAUGUUAAAACCUUUUAAUAAAAUUUUUUUAAAACUCAAAAA